AUGUCUCGCCGCGCUGGGUCAGAACGCGCCGCAGAGAACCAGCAGACGAUUAAAAAUCUCUUGAAGCUUGAAGGCAACAAGGUCUGUGCAGACUGCAAAAAGAACAAACACCCAAGAUGGGCGAGCUGGAACAUUGGAGUCUUUAUCUGCAUUCGGUGCUCAGGCAUCCAUCGAGGAAUGGGUACUCAUAUCAGUCGGGUGAAAUCAGUAGAGCUGGAUGCUUGGACAGAUGAGCAACUCCAAAGCGUGUUGAGAUGGGGAAAUUCAAGAGCAAACAAAUACUGGGAGGCCAAACUCGCUGCAGGGCAUAUGCCAUCAGAGGCAAAGAUCGAAAACUUCAUUCGUACCAAGUACGAAUCAAAAAGAUGGGUUAUGGAGGGGCCAAUGCCAGAUCCGUCUGUAUUGGAUGAGGACGGGGACGACGAUGUGCCGCUGAGCCUUGUGCAGGAGAAAGCAAAGAUAGAGCGAUCCGCUUCCGAGAAGCAACGAGCUGUCUCAAAUCAGACGCAAUCUCAGCGACGACCUGCACCAGCUAUCGAUCUAUUUGACGAGGACAACCUGGCUCCGCCGGUGCGACCGAGCACGACAGAUAAUGCUAGUAUCAGACCACAGCCCAAAAGCGCCAUUCCCACAACCUCCAGACAAACCAAACCGGGGGAUUCGCUUCUUGGACUCGACUUCUUUGGCAAUGUACCAUCUUCGGGACCUGCUCGCCCUUCAAGCGCCAACUCAAAUCCUGUUGGCUCAACCGGUCAAUCUCGGCCUGAUCUCAAGCAAUCCAUUCUCUCUCUGUAUUCUUCUGCCCCCAAAGCAGAAGCCCAACCUCAACCGCACAAUCGGCAACCUUCUUUUGGUGGUACAGCACCACCAAUAAAACAACCACAGGACGCAUUUGGAGGGCUUGCAGAUGCCUUUGGUGGUCUGAGUUUUGCCAACCCUGAGGUCACAGCAUCAUCUCGACCGCGGCAGCAGGCUAAGUCUUCUUUCUCUGCCACAGGUGCAUUUGCAGCAUCCGCACCCGUCAAGUCUGCUCCCUCGGCGCCGCAACUAUCAUCUCCGCCGCCUUUGGUUGGUGGAGGGUUUUUUGAUAGCCUACCCUCAAGGAAACCUGAACAGCCAAAAUCACAAGCUCCUGCCCCACGAAAACCUUCCCAUGGCCCCGACUUCGCACUUACUCAACCGCUUCCCUCGACUUCAAGACCUCAGGAGCCGACCUCGCAGGAUCACUUUGCUGAAGAUGAUUUUGCUGGAUUUGCCUCCGCAGAUCCUCCUCCUGUACCGCAACCCGCAAAGAUUCCCUCCUCGUCUCCUUCGUCAACCUUCAACUCUGCGUUCAACCUCUCCGCACCACCAGCCCCGCCGCCCAAACCCAACGCUGCGUCCAAGCCUCCUCCACUCGUGUCGCAGAAUAGUUCCGCUAUAUUUGAUCCUUGGUCUUCUGCCCAUGACAAUACUGCUUGGGGUACUUCCGAACCGACGCCAGCACCAUCAAAGCCGAAAGCGCCAACUGUUGAUAUAGGGAAACCUCCCACCCAUAUCACGCCCAACGACAUAUCGAGUGGAUGGGGAGAGCCUAUAACGUCCUCUCAAAAGCCUGGACAGAAUCCGUCAAUUACUGCGGAUGAAGAUUAUGGGGGAUGGACAUCUGCUUCAAAUAAUCAGACACCAACGGCUUCCGCGGCAAAACCGAGCGGAGGAUUUGCUGGCGCAUCUGACCCCUUUGAUAAUCCUUGGGGAUGA